CAGCCCUCCUCCGUGCUCCCGCAUUCUUCGAAGAGCUGCUAGCGAGCGCUUCCCGAUCGCGCCUCCGCUGCGUCUUUACAGAGAUUUGCGCCUCAAUCGCGUCGAUUUGAGUUCAGAUUAGCGGUUCUUGAAGGUGAGCCAAAAUGUUUGGCAGGGCGCCGAAGAAGAGCGACAAUACUCGGUACUAUGAGAUUCUCGGAGUGCCGAAAACGGCGUCGCCGGACGAUUUGAAGAAGGCGUACAAGAAGGCAGCCAUCAAGAAUCAUCCUGACAAGGGCGGAGACCCCGAGAAGUUCAAGGAGUUGGCUCAUGCUUAUGAGGUCUUAAGUGAUCCUGAGAAACGAGAAAUCUAUGACCAGUAUGGGGAAGAUGCUCUCAAGGAAGGAAUGGGAGGUGGUGGUGGCAUGCACGACCCAUUUGACAUCUUCUCGUCAUUCUUUGGUGGAAGCCCAUUUGGAGGUGGUAGUAGCCGUGGAAGGAGGCAAAGAAGGGGAGAGGAUGUGGUGCACCCAUUGAAGGUGUCUCUUGAGGAUUUGUAUUUGGGGACCACAAAGAAGCUUUCGUUGUCACACAACAUAAUUUGCUCAAAGUGCAGUGGAAAAGGGUCAAAAUCUGGAGCAUCAACAAAGUGCAUGGGCUGCCAGGGAAGUGGUAUGAAAGUCACUAUAAGGCAGCUCGGCCCCGGUAUGAUACAGCAAAUGCAGCACGCCUGCAAUGAAUGCAAAGGAACAGGAGAGACCAUCAAUGAGAAAGACAGAUGCCCUCAAUGCAAGGGUGAGAAGGUUGUCCAGGAAAAGAAAGUUUUGGAAGUCCAUGUGGAGAAAGGAAUGCAGAAUGGCCAGAAAAUUACAUUCCCUGGGGAAGCUGAUGAAGCGCCGGAUACAGUCACUGGCGACAUAGUCUUUGUGCUUCAGCAAAAGGAGCAUCCUAAAUUCAAGAGAAAGGGUGAAGACCUUUUUGUGGAGCAUGGGCUUAUGCUCACUGAGGCAUUGUGUGGCUUCCAGUUCAUCCUGUCCCAUUUGGACGGCCGGCAGCUCCUUGUGAAAUCACAGCCUGGAGAAGUUGUGAAGCCUGAUUCUUACAAGGCAAUCAACGAUGAAGGAAUGCCAAUGUAUGGAAGGCCAUUCAUGAAGGGUAAACUCUACAUUCAUUUCACUGUUGAAUUCCCUGACUCUCUAACUCCAGAUCAAGUUACGGCCCUGGCGAAAAUCCUUCCACCGAAGCAGCAGUCAGAACUGACUGACAUGGAGCUGGAUGAGUGCGAGGAAACUACGCUGCAUGAUGUCAACAUCGAGGAAGAGAUGAGGAGGAAGCAGGCUCAGCAGCAGGAAGCUUACGAUGAGGAUGAUGAUAUGCAUGGUGGUGCCCAAAGGGUUCAGUGCGCGCAACAGUGACAAACUAAUGUCACCAUUAUCUAGGUAAACGUUGUCCUACCUAAAUAAGGACCCCCCCCCCCCCCCCAAACCAACCCCCUUAAUAUGUCCUUAUGAUGAUGGUUAUAUGUGAGUGUGGAAUUUAAAACCUAAUGGGACUUGUGUUUGUGGCGAAUAUUUCCUCGACUAAAUAACCUGGCAUAGAUAAUUCUAGUUCUGUCACGCGAGUCUGUUUUGUAGAAAUUUCAUGCUCGUUGUCGAAUGCAGGCGCGGUGAUGGUAUUGCUAUGAUGUUGUGUGUUUUGGUUUGAGUAUGCAAAAUAACUAUGUGCUGUAUGUGUUUGGAUUUACUAUAUUUUUAUGUGACCAUUUGUGCUCUCUCUGCA